AUGGCGAGGGAGGCGUUCUUCACGGUUGAGGACAUCAAGAUCUCGUUCAACCUCUUCUGCUGCGUCUGCGGCAUUGGUACGCUUGGUCUGCCCGGUAACUUUGCGCGCGCUGGACCCGUGUACGCCAGCAUUGCCAUGACCUUCAUGAUCUUCGCCAACGUCUACGCGUCCAUCGCCAUGUCCAAGGUUAUGCUGCUCGCGCCCACUUCGGUCGUGACCUUCGGCGAUCUCGGUGAAUGGGCUAUGGGCAAGACCGGGCGCUGGCUGUGCACGGCCUCCCAGUUGGUUUCGUGUGUACUGGUGCCGUGCGUCUUCCUCGUCCUUGGCGGCGGUCUCCUCGACGGCCUCUUCCCGGGAGCCUUCAGCCCGACGGUCUGGAUCAUCCUGAUGGCUGCGAUGGUGCUGCCGCUGUGCCUCGUGCCGACGCUGAAGGAGGGUUCCGGUGUUGCAUUCGCCGGUUGCGUGGGUACCCUCGUGGCGGACGUGAUCGGCGUGGCUGUCGUGAUGCACGGCAUGCGUGGCCACCCGAGCGUCCCGCAGACGGACGUGAGCUUCUCGCAGGUCGCGGGUACGUUCGGCAACCUUGCGCUCAGCUACGGCGCCGGAAUCAUCAUCCCGGACUUGCAGCGCGAGCACUCGGAGCCGCACCGCAUGCCGCGCGUCAUCACCUUCACGAUGAGCAUUAUCUCCAUCCUGUUCGUCGUGCUGUCGGUCGUGCCCUUCACGUCCGCGGGCUGCCAGAUCUCGGGCAACAUUCUCUACACCAUCUACCCGGACUCGAGCACGGGCCUCACCUCUCUGGGCUUCAAGCCCAACUGGGGUGCCGUGGUGCUCGCGUACCUGGCCAUGCAGCUCCACAUCACCACCGCGUUCUCAGUGCUGGUGAAUCCCGCCUUCUACUUCGCCGAGCGCGUGGUUUUGGGCAUGCACAAGCAGACCAAGCCCGCGGACUACCGCGGCGCCAACGCGCUCAAGUACAUCGUGCUUCGUGUCUGCAUGACGGUGAUCCUCGUUGUGAUGUCCAUUCUGUUCAAGGACCACUUCUCCGACUUUGCCGACUUCGUGGGCUCCUCGUCCUUGACCAUGAGCUGCAUCCUGCUGCCGGUGGCUUUCUACGUGAUCAAGGCCUGGGACACCAUGCCACACGUCGAGAAGGUUGCCGCCAUCGUUGUGUUCGUGGUGUGCCUUGUGCUGGGCUGCUACUCGACGUACACGGCCGGCAAGAACCUGUUCGCGCCGUCGGACUCGGACACCCUGUUCCCGUACUGCGAGCCUGAGUUCGAGAACACCGUGUUCUACAACUACACCGCUGCGCACGAGUCUUGA